ACAAAGAUCGGCUAUGCUGGAAACACAGAGCCACAGUUCAUCAUGCCCUCCUGCAUCGCCAUCAAGGAGUCGGCCAGCGUGGGAGAGCAGGCCCAGAGGAGGCUCGUACGAGGAGUCGAUGACCUCGACUUUUACAUCGGAGACGAAGCCAUCGACAAACCCAACUAUGCAACCAAGUGGCCCAUCCGUCAUGGGAUGGUAGAGGACUGGGAUCUGAUGGAGAAGUUCAUGGAGCAGGUCAUCUUCAAAUACCUUCGAGCGGAGCCAGAAGAUCACAGCUUCCUCAUGACGGAGCCUCCUCUCAACACUCCAGAGAACAGAGAGUAUCUGGCUGAGAUCAUGUUUGAGACCUUCAACAUACCUGGGCUCUACAUCGCAGUGCAGGCAGUGUUGGCCUUGGCGGCGUCCUGGACGUCUCGGCAGGUCGGACAGAGAACUCUGACCGGCAUCGUGAUCGACAGCGGAGACGGAGUCACACACGCCAUCCCUGUGGCUGAGGGCUACGUGAUUGGCAGCUGUAUAAAGCACAUCCCCAUCGCAGGGCGGGACAUCACCUUCUUCAUCCAGCAGCUGCUCAGAGACCGAGAGGUGGGGAUUCCUCCAGAGCAGUCGCUGGAGACCGCCAAGGCUGUCAAGGAGCGGUACUGUUACAUCUGUCCAGACAUCGUGAAGGAGUUCACAAAGUACGACUCUGACCCGGCGAAAUGGAUCAAACAGUACCGCGGAGUCAACGCCGUCAGUAAGAACGCCUUCCACAUCGACAUCGGCUACGAGCGAUUCCUCGGCCCAGAGAUCUUCUUCCACCCCGAGUUUGCUAAUCCAGACUUCAUGCAGCCCAUCUCUGAUGUCGUUGAUGAGGUCAUUCAGAGCUGUCCAAUCGAUGUCCGGAGGCCGCUCUACAAGAACAUCGUGCUCUCUGGAGGAUCCACCAUGUUCAGAGACUUUGGACGACGGCUGCAGAGAGACCUCAAGAGAGUCGUGGACGCCCGACUGAAACUGAGCGAGGAGCUCAGUGGAGGACGGAUAAAGCCGAAGCCGAUGGAGGUUCAAGUUGUCACUCAUCACAUGCAGAGAUACGCUGUCUGGUUUGGAGGCUCCAUGCUGGCGUCCACGCCGGAGUUCUUACAGGUGUGUCACUCUAAGAAAGACUACGAUGAGAUCGGUCCGAGCAUCUGUCGACACAACCCCGUGUUCGGCAUCAUGUCCUGAUGGCAGCCGCGGCACAGGGCUAGCCUGCUAGCCUGUUAGCCUGUGGGCUGCUAUCUGCUAGCCUCCAGACACUCCGCCAUUAUUUAGUCUCCUGUCCCUCUCAGCUCUCAGCCCACUAGACUGUUAGCCAGCUAGCUCAGUGCCAUCAAGAACAUGAAGACCCGGAGAACCUGAAGCACAAACAUGAGAAAGAAAGAAAGAACAGCAUGCUAAUGAAUCUACCCAACAGAUAACUGUUUCUGUUAAGUCUGCAGUGCUGAACUUUUACAUUUAGAUUAACAUCAUAUAAAUCUCUCUGUAUUUUACAAUGUAGAGAUUUUAAAUCUCAUGGCGGGAGCGACAUUCCUGCGCUGGCUGUUUGGCUCCUCAUAG